AUGGAGUAUGUGGUUGGUGCGGGAUGGAAUUCCUCCAAAAAUUGUCUCUCAGGCACUUGGGAAGAUAUUCUGUCUGAGAUCAAGUGCUGGAUCUGCAGCACUGGGGAGGACAUGCCACACAUCUUGUGGUUGUCUGGUACUGCAGGGAAAGGCAAAUCAGCCAUUGCGCAUACAAUUGCCAACUAG